AUGUUCUAUAAUCUUGUAUUUACUGCAUUCCCUGUCAUGUUUCUUGGUGCCUUCGAUCAAGACGUUGACGCAAAAACGUCGCUCAAAUAUCCACAAUUAUACAAACGUGGCAUCCUCCAACAGGACUUUACAAAAUCCAAGUUCUGGUUAUACGUGCUGGACGCAUUCUACCAAUCCCUCAUCUGUUUUUUCAUCCCAUACGCCACAAUGUUGCAUGGAAAAUCACAUGCCAAUGGACUCGACAACAAUGGACUGCAACAAAUGGGGACGCUAGUCGCUGGUUCAGUUGUUGCAACCACAAAUCUUUAUGUCGGAUUAAAUAUCUUGAAUUGGACGUGGCCGAUUUUUGUGAUCAUUGGACUUAGUAUCAUUUCGUUUUAUGCUUGGACAGAAUUUUAUUCGUUAGUUGCAUCGGUUGGGUUCUUUCGUGUGGAUCAGAUCCUGUUUACGGAAGUGGAAUUUUGGCUUACGAUAUCGUUGGCGGUGUUUAUUAGCAUUUUACCGAGAUUCACUGUAAAGUAUUUACAUAAAACGUAUUGGCCAUUUGAUGUCGAUAUUAUACGCGAGCAAGUUUAUCGAUUAAAGAAAAGAAAACAUCGUAAGAAACUACGAUCGCACGAGGCUCCUGAAGAUGAAAUACCAAUAGCACCAAGAAAGAUUGACGAGUCAAGUGGCGCUUCGACAGCACAACACGAGUAUCCAGAAAGUGACUCUGAACAAGAAAUACCAGAACCGCAAGUGAAAGCCGCAACAUUGCCACGAACAAUGUCUCUUCGAUCCGAAGAUCAAAUGCUCUUUAUGAGUUCCGGCAAACGACAAUCGUUCACUGGGUUCGCCUUCUCCGGCGAAGAAAGUGGGUUCGAGUUGUUCCGACGCUCGAUAUAUCGGCCCAUACAAGAUCGCGUUGACCUUCAUCGCGCUCAAAGUCUGGCCACUUCAACACCACGAAGAAACAUUGAUAAUAACAAUAAUAGGUUUUCGUCUCCUUCGUCGCCUAUUCAUCGUAGUAGAACGCUGCCGAGUAAUUUGUUCCGUCGUGUUCCGUCACCACUAAGUUCACCACUGAACAAUUCUAAUAGUGAUACAGAAAAUAAUGGUGGACGAGGACGGAGGGGCACAGAGGGCGGGGAAGAAGUAGAACUUUCUUCUUAUCAAGAAGAUCUCUGA